CUGAAGAAAUUGAACCUUCUGAAGCAAACCAAUUUUAUAUAACACCAGUAUUUGAAACUUCUACAGUACAAGAAAUUCCUAUUCCCACAACACAUGAAAUUAUAGUUCCUGCAGCACAAGAAAUUCAUAUUUCUGCUACACAAUAA